AUGCAGUCACCAAGAACAAAACCAUCGCACGAAGGUUAUGUUUUGGUGGCGGUGGCUUGCCCACGUUACGAUGCUGAAGGCCGCUUGACCUUCGACGGCAAGAUAGGACUCUGGCCUGUUGUGGAGACGACGCUUGCACUCCGCAAUAGCAAGAACCGACCCAAGGGCACCCCUAUUACCACUCCGGUCGAGAUGACAAAAGAUAUAUACGAGCGCUUGCUGACGCAAAAUGCCAUCCCCGCCGUCAAUCGUAUUUGGCCCGGUGACAAGAAAAUUGUAGAUCAGCAGGAUAAUGCGUCGCCGCAUCGUGGUUCCGACCGUUCCGCAGUGAAAGCAGCAGCGACAGCGGACGGAUGGUCGAUCACCUUUGUUAGCCAGCCACCACGAAGCCCGGACUUCAACGUCCUUGAUUUGGGCUGGUUUCGUUCACUCCAGGCACUACAGAGCAGCAAGCCCACGAGAGACAUUGACGGUCUCAUUGUUGCUGUCAAUGCAGCCUUUGAUGAGAUGCUUCGAUGCUUGCUAGCGGUGGCAACAACUACGACAUUCCACAUUUGA